AUGUCCCUCCGCCUCCUCCGUCGCCUCCUCCUCGCCGCCCUGCUGCUAGUGAUUGUGUGGAUCCUCUUUGGGCCCUCGGGCCUGGGCGAGGAGCUGCUGAGCCUCUCACUCCCCUCCCUGCUUCCCGCUCCUGCCUCUCCAGGCCCGCCACUGGCCCUGCCCCGCCUCCUGAUCCCCAACGUGGAGGCGUGCCGCGGGCCCGGUGCCCCUCCCUUCUUGCUCAUCCUAGUAUGCACCGCCCCGGAGAACCUGAACCAAAGGAAUGCCAUCCGGGCCUCCUGGGGCGGGCUGCGCAAGGCCAAGGGGCUGAGAGUGCAGACCCUCUUCCUGUUGGGGGAGCCCACUGGGCCGCAGCCCACCAGGGGCGAACACCGGAACGGCCUGGCGUGGGAGGCUGCGGCCCAAGGAGACAUCUUGCAGGCAGCUUUCCAGGAUUCCUACCGUAACCUUACCCUCAAAACCCUCAGCGGGCUGAAUUGGGCCAACAAGCACUGUCCUAUGGCCCGCUACAUCCUCAAGACCGACGAUGAUGUGUAUGUCAACGUCCCUGAACUGGUCUCAGAGCUGGUCCGGCGAGGGGGCCGCUGGGAGCACUGGGAAAGGAGCACGGAGCCCCAGAGCUCAGGUGUGGUUGGAAAUGAAGAGAAGAAACAAGGCGGAAGGGCCUUGGAGAACGAGCCUGUGCCUCUGCUGUACUUGGGCCGUGUACACUGGCGGGUAUACCCCUUUAGAGCACCAGAGGGCCGGCACCAAGUGUCCGAACAGCAGUGGCCUGUGGCUUGGGGGCCCUUUCCACCCUAUGCCUCAGGCACAGGGUAUGUGCUAUCAGUUUCUGCUGUGCAGCUCAUCCUGAGGGUGGCCAGUCGGACACCCCCCCUUCCACUGGAAGAUGUGUUUGUGGGGGUAAGUGCCCGCCGAGGAGGCCUCACCCCAACCCACUGUGUCAAGCUGGCUGGUGCCACCCACUACCCCCUGGAUAGGUGCUGCUACGGAAGAUUCCUGCUGACAUCCCACAAGUUGGACCCCUGGAAGAUGCAGCAGGCCUGGAAGCUGCUGGACAGUCCUGAUGGGGAAAGGACUGCACCCUUCUGCUCCUGGCUCCAAGGAGUCCUGGGCAUCCUGCGGUGUCGGGUCAUAGCCUGGCUUCACAGUUGA